AUGGUAAGUCAAGCUAAAAACCGAAGCCGCCAUGGUCGAGAAAAGAACGUUCACGAGCUUAUAUUUCUCGGCAACGGUCACGAGCCAAGCAGAAAGUGGCUCGGAAACCAAGAAAUAGGCCGAGUUCGUGUCGUUCUUAAUAACAUUCCCAAUACAUUCAUCAACACGGGCCGGAAAAUCACGAACCAAGAAGUCCCAGUAUAUGUUGAAGUCUUGAUCCCGGUCGAAAUCGAGAGGAAACCCAUCGCUUAUAGUCACACAACGUAUGUCGAGGCCCGAUUCUCGGGCCCCCGAGAACAAAUCGACGUGGGCUGUGCUGUCGUUUAUCUUUUCCCUGAGGUCGAGUUGGCUCUUUUUUUUUUCCAAUCGUUGAAAUACCUCGGGGGUGGUAGAUCUGGGAAGAAGGCAACUCUCAUACAUAUUAUCUACUGUCCCUUCUUCCUGGCUCUGGUCAACGGACACGUCCUUUUAGGUGUUCUGGGUACAUUUGAUGGCGAUGGUAGAAUACGUGUUAAAAGUUUUGAAAAUCCUUUCACAAAAUCAGAAUUUUGUAAUAACGUGGUCGGCCGAACUGUAGUUUGGCUUCCCUCAAACACCGAAGACUGUGCCCUCAAGUCCUUCCUUGUUCGGCUAUGA